AAAUCUCGAACAUUCAUCAUGUAUAGAGGAGUCAGUGGGCAUGUAACUACAUCAUACGUCAUCAAGUCGGUCAGUCGUGCAUGCUUUUAAAUAAAAUUUUAUUGAAACUUCAUAUGCAAGCCUAUGUACUCCAUAUUAUGCCCUGAAUUGCCUCAACUCAGGCAGGAUAGCAAAUGAAAAUCUCAACAGAGUAACGAGUUUACUCGUGGCAUAUGUGAGAAAUUACGCCUCACUAGUGGAAAAAAUCAACAUGCAAAGGGUAAGAGACUCUCCGACUUCCAGACCAGAGCUAGAUUCUAAAUAUCGUGUCAUGUUUUUGCAAAUUCGUCCCUGCACGAGAAUGACAUCUGGCAGCGCGUCGUCAUCAUUUGAAGAAACUGAGGUUUGCCAUUCAGACUGGGCUAUACAUUGACCUAAAAUUUAGUCCAAUUCACUUGGCAGGGCGAAGAGAAAAAACGUGUUAACAAAGCCAUUUUCAUCGUCCGUUAGAACGAUCGAGGAAAAUGUAAGAUCAUGCCGCUAACAGCACUUGACAGGCGCCACCAUUCUUUUUCACAGAGUAACUAUCCAGUUACGAUCUUCAGACUUGCCGUGCCUGGAAGCCAUAAGGCAUAAAUAAUGAGACUAAACUCGGUCCGACUCCUGGAGUCGUGUUGAAGAGAACAAACUUUAGUCGCUGGAGUAAGUCAUGUUUGGUGAUAUUGUGAGGUGGUGGGGGGAACGCUGGUAUCAUAGUUAAGUGGAAAAAUCUUAGGCUAGCUGGUUCGAAUUUAAUAAUUAUGGAGCCAGCGAUACCAAGAAGCAUGGCAAAGUUGUUUCCCGCCCAACGUUUGCGGUCAACUCAAACUCGUUUUCUUUUCGUUUUCGG